AUGACGGAUCUUCUGCUGGAUCCAGCAAUCCGCACCUGGGUGUUCCUCCCGAUCGUUGUUAUUACCUUUAUGAUCGGCGUACUCCGGCACUAUGUGUCAUUACUGCUCAUGAGUAAGAAAAAGGUUGAGCUUGAAAAUAUAGCUGAUGGACAGUACCUUUUGAGGUCAAGGUUGCUAAGAGAGAAUGGUCGGUUCCUACCGAGGUCGUCUUUUAACGCCCGAAGGAACUUCUUCUCUGCUGAAGACCACGGGUAUUUAUCAAAAGCAAUGCAGAGGCCAAGUAAAGGGCCUAACCCUAUGGAUCCCAGUCAAGUGACGGAAAUGCUAAAAGGGAACAUGAUGAAUAUGAUUCCUAUGAUUGUCGUCGGAGGUUGGAUCAACUGGACGUUUUCUGGUUUUGUUACCACUAGAGUACCAUUCCCUUUAACUCUGAAGUUCAAAGCUAUGCUGCAACGAGGAGUUGACCUCGUUUCAUUGGAUUCAGCUUGGGUCUCAUCUGCGUCUUGGUAUUUCCUUUGUAUGUUUGGCCUCAGAUCGAUCUACACACUUGUGCUAGGUGAAGAAAAUUCGGCAGAUCAAUCGAAAGCUAUGGAAGAUCAAAUGACCGAAGAAGAGUACACUUUACAGGACGUCAUAGGACCUUUAGGAGCAGCAAUAUCACCUCAACAGGACACGAAAGCUGCUUUCAAAGCAGAAUGGGAGGCGCUGCAGAUGUAUCAACACCAAUUUGCGCUUUAG